GUUAGUAUUAGUGUUAAUGUUAGAUUAGUGUUAGUUUAUUAGUAUUACUGGGAUGCUCCAGUAGGUGGCAGUGUGCAUGUCUGGUAUCCAGGCGCUGACAGCAGUAGAAGAAGCGCGCGCGGUAGUUUUCCUGACUGGAUUUCUGAUCUUUCAGACCCAGCUUCUUCAUCUCUUCCCGAAAUCAUUUCUCUCAGGGUUUUCCAGAGAAUAUUGGAUUUAAUCUGCUGUAAAAUAAAUAAAAGUGUCUGUAUGUGAGGUGUUUCACUACAUCGUGCUUUAAAGCUCGAGGACUAGCGGGGAAACCAUGAAGCCAUGCUCACUAGCGGGCAAGAACAUGCAGCUAAACGAGGACACCUGUGAAAGCAGCAUGCACAACGAACUGAAAAUUAUCUACAUUAAAGAAGAAGAACCUAACGAUGACGAGUACCUCUACUGUGAGGAUUGCAGAUGCUUUUUCUACAACAAGUGUGAGGUUCAUGGUGCAGCUCUCUUCAUCCAUGAUACCCCCGUUCCCAUGGGAGUCGCUGACAGAGCCAGACAAACCCUUCCUUUCGGUCUCGAGGUUGGGCAGUCCGAUAUAUCCGGUGCAGGCCUGGGAGUGUUUAAUAAAGGGGACACCGUUCCAGUUGGUGCUCACUUUGGGCCCUACCAGGGAGAACUGGUAGACAAAGAGGAAGCCAUGAACAGUGGAUACUCUUGGGUGAUAUACAGGAACGGACAAUGUGAGAAGUACAUAGAUGCCAAAAGAGAGAUGUAUUCUAACUGGAUGAGGUAUGUGAAUUGUGCUCGUAAUGAUGAAGAACAGAAUCUGGUUGCGUUCCAGUAUCAAGGGGGGGUUAUCUACCGCUGCUGUCGAGCGAUAAAACCAGGACAGGAGCUCUUGGUGUGGUAUGAGGAGGACUACGCUCAAGAUCUCGGAAUUACCUUCGACUACCUCUGGAGCAAAAAGUGCUCUGCAAAUGAAAUGAACGACGCCCUGCAAGUCUUCUCCUGCUCCAUGUGUCAUCUUUCCUACACAGCUCAAAUUUACCUCCACAGACACAUGAGGAGAUGCCACCAUGAUGAAUAUGUGAGCAUGUUGCAAGAAGAAGAGAUUAAAUCCGAGAAUCUGGGGACCACAAGCAGCUCCGGUAGUGAGCAAGUGUCUUCUCAGAACAGUAGCACCUUUCAGGAAGAAAUGCACGACUGCCCAGAUUGUGGGAUGAGUUUUACUUUACCGAGCCACCUCGAAAUGCACCAGCGCGUUCACACGGGAGAAAAGCCGUAUCCCUGCCCACAGUGCGGGAAGAGUUUUACUCAACAGAGUAAUCUCCGAACGCACGUACGCAUUCAUACGGGAGAGAAGCCGUACCAGUGCUCAGACUGUAGCAAGAGUUUCACUCAUCGGAGUAGCCUCCAUCUGCAUCAGCGCAUUCACACGGGAGAGAGGCCGUACCACUGCUUAUAUUGUAGUAAGAGUUUUAUACAGCAGAGUGCUUUCCAGCAGCACCAGCGCAUUCACACGGGAGAGAAACCGUAUCAGUGCUCACAGUGUGCGAAGAGCUUUACUCAGAUGAGCUCGCUCCAACUACACCAGAGCACGCACACCGGAGAAAGGCCGUAUCAGUGCUUACAGUGCGGAAAGAGGUUUACUAGACAGAGUCAUCUCCAAACCCACCAAAGCACUCACACGGAAGAGAAACCGCAUCACUGCUCACAGUGCGAGAAGAGUUUUACGCUACGGAGUCAACUCCAAGCGCACGCUCGCAUCCACACAAGAGAGAAGCCGUAUCCUUGCUCACACUGUGGGAAGAACUUUCCUUUCCAGAGCCAUCUCCAAAUCCACGAGCGCAGUCACACCGGUGAGAAACCUUUUCACUGCUCAGUGUGUGGGAAGAGUUUUAUCGACAGAGGCACUCUCAAAACGCAUCAGCGCAUCCACACGGGAGAGCGGCCGUAUCGCUGCUCGGACUGUGGGAAGGCGUUUACUCAGAGGAGUUCUCUCCAGCGACACCAGCGACUUCACACAGAAGACAAGCUGUAUCACUGUUCAGGAUGUGGGCGGGGGUUUACUGAUUUAAGUACAUUUCAGACGCACAAGUGCACUUACGCGGAGCCAUCAGCUCGUGAUAUUGAUCUCGCAAAUCAAGAAACAUGACUAACAUUAUUGAUCAUCGGGUUAGUUGGAGUACUAAACGAGUCUUAUCCUGGUCUUGAACUCUUGUUGGAAGCAACAAAAAAAACCGUAUUGCAUAUAAUAUGAUAUUUUAUUUCAGUGUUUGUCUUUAAGAUUUCUAUUGCUUUAUAAAUCAUUCACGACGUCUAUACGAAACAUUUCAUUGGAAUUUAUAAUCCUUGAAUAAACUAACUUAACCUAUUUAAAUUUAAAGCAUCGUUAUGGCGUGGAGGUGUACAGCCAGUCAUUAAGAGAAAAAUGGUUGAGGAAGAAUUGGGCAAAAUGCUGGAGAUGCAAGUGAAAGAAGAGUCACUGUGACUGGAACCGUCCCAUCGUACGCGUGAGAAGGGGAGUUACAGUUCUGCGUGGAUUUUCGGUGCAUGAAUGUGGUUUAGAGAUUUGAUGCCUGUGCAAUGCUGCGUAUUUACAAGAUAUUAGAUAGGCUAGGUUCAGCUUGCUUUUAUUCAACACUGAAUUUAUUUAAGAGCUACUUGCAGUUCCUAUAUCUUUAGUCCAUGACCAGGAAAUAAAACACAGAUCUUAAACUACAGUUGGACCAAUCGAGGGGAGAGGAGUCAGCGGGCUUGAGUGUGAGGAUACAUUGAUGUUUCCUAUACUGAAGUAUUUUUGUUGUUGUACAGUGCAACAUAGCCUACAGUAGAAAUGUUGCACCUCGCUGAAAAAGUAAACAUUAAGGUAUGAGAUAGCGAUCAAUAAUGUUUAGCAUAUAAUCACUGUUGUAGCCUAUUGCAAGAAAAUAUCUUAGCAAGUGAAGAUAUCUAGAAUAAAGUAAAGGUUAUCUACUAUUUCUCAUUAUGAAGUUGUUAUAUAACAAAUAUAAGGACAUUAAACCUAUUUCUAGACAUCCGGA